CGGCUUGAUAUUACCGACGGAUCAAUCAGUGGCAGAAAGCAUCGUGGAUGUGUCGUUUUGUAAACAUGAUUGAAGAAUUUUUUGUCAUUAUUUUUUUCUUUCAAUCACAUCAACGUAAUUUAUAGUAAGACAGGGUUGCGUGCAAAAGUACAGAAAUUGAACAAAAAUGGAUCUUUUACAAAGAAGGGUAUUUCAGGAUGAUAUGGUCCAAUACAAUCUCUUCUUGCUACCUGCGGAUCAUUCAACUCUUCAGCAGAACGAGCGACGACUUAAAGAGAUGCUUGGAGAGAUUUUUGCAAAGCUUGCCCCCAUGUUGGUGGAAUAUAUUUGGCAACAUCAACCAUUCAAUCUGAAGUAUCAUCCAUCCAAAGGAGACAUCCCGGCUCACAUUGGAGGCAUCACUCAGUUUGGGGACAACGUGGAGGAUGAGUGGUUUAUCGUUUACCUUCUGCAGCAGAUCACAAAGACUUUCUCAGAUCUGGUUGUCAGUGUUGAAGACAACGACGGGGAAUUUAUUCUCAUCGAAGCUGCAGAUUAUCUUCCCAAAUGGUUGAGCCCCGAUACAAGUGAAAACAGGGUUUUUCUCUUUAGGGGAGAGUUGCACAUCAUUCCUCGCCCUUCCAAAUCGAGUUCUGUGGGCUUCCCACGUAAUGUGGUCCCCAGUGUGGAACAGGCUCUCGCACUUCUCUCUGCUCACCCAGAAGCUUGCCAAGCAAGCCCCGGGAUACGUUCAGCCCUGAGAAAAAGACUUGUGGGAUACCCAGAGAAGAUAAAAAGCGGCCUCCACCGUGCUCACUGCUUCAUACCGGCAGGAAUCGCCACCGUGUUGGCGCAUCGUCCUGACCUGGUGGCACCUGCCGUCUCAGCUUUUUAUUUAAGAGAUCCAGUCGACCUGCAGGCAUGUCGGAGCUUCAAGACGUUUCACCCCGACACCAGAGUCCUCACCUCGGUUACGUUUACCCGCUGCCUCUAUGCCCAGCUGCAGCAGCAGCAGUUCACGCCAGAUCGGAGGAGUGGCUUUAACCUUCCUCCGCGCACUCAUCCUCACUACAAAGCCCAUGAGCUUGGCAUGAAACUGGCUCACGGCUUUGAGAUUUUGUGCUCCAGGUGCAGACUUCCUUCUUCAGGGCCCGACGACGCUGCUGUCAGCUGUAACCCUCAGUGGAAAAGCUUCCUGAAAAGUCUCCAAAAGAAUGACUACUUCCGGGGGGAGCUGGAAGGUUCGGCCCGGUUUAAAGAGCUUUUAAGAUCAGCAGAAGUUUUCUUCAAACAAUCCGUUGCUUCAAAAUCUAGCGUUCUCUCUCCCGGCGAGGACGUUCUCCAGGUGUUGCACAGCUGUGGACCUAUUAACAUGCAGGAUCUGGAAAAACUUGAGUCACAGCUCCCCCAAGAGGACAGUGACAGCUGGCUGGAUAUAACCGCUCAGGGUUUGGAGCAGCUGCUGCAGGAGAGAAGUGGAGGACGAACGGAUGUUGGCAGAAAUUGCAGCGCCAUCAAACAGACGGAGAACUCGAGUAACGCAGCAGAGGAGACCGUGGAGGUGACAGGCACCGAAGGGGAGGACACCGCUUACAGCCUGGUGGCAGUCAGUCAAGGGAUUAAGGACUUCUUCAACACCAUGUCCUCCCACGAGGGGGCUGAACUUCCUUGGAGCAGUGCAACCCGGCCUUUUAGGUUUGACCCAGACUCCAUGGUCAGCGCACUCGACCAACUCCUAGGAAGCAAAGACAGAGAACUAGAUUCAGAUGAUCUGGAGGAUGACGAUGAGGAUGUUUACCACGACGAGGAAGAAGGCGUCGAAGAAAACGAGGAAAGCUCGUCUGAUCACGCAGAGAUGAGUGGGCCGGAAACUCUUGACAGCAUCAAAAAAUACAUGGACCAAAUGGAUGAGGAACUGAUGAGCACCAAUGUCGGGCAAAGCUUUAGUCAAACGAAAUUCAGCAAGCCCAGCUCCGAGAACGCUGCCCCUCGUUCUCCAGAAGGCGGAGCAUCAGAAGAGAUGGAGGAACCACAGCCUUUGGAUUUGGACGUCAAUCUGAUGGCCAACCUGCUGGAGUCUCUCAGCUGUCAGGCUGGGCUGGCUGGGCCCGCUUCAAACCUGCUGCAGAGCCUCGGCGUACACCUACCAGCUAACUCUGACCCCUCAUAAACAACAGAUUUAGCUCAGAGGAAAGGAAAAUCAGUUCAGCUGAUAAUCAGCCUAAUCAGCCACACAGCAGAGUGUGAUGUCAAAAGAAUCUUUUCAAUAUUAAAUGUCCUGUUAGCACAAACGGAAAAAGCUCACAAUCCCUAAAAAAGUGUUGGCUCCCCCUGGAAAUGUAGAUGUGGUGACUAUUUUAUUCCCGAAUAAAAUGUGUGUAAACAUCUA